AUGAUACCUUUUUUUCGUUAUACGCGGUGCAGCGUGGUAUCCGUUCUUCUACGAUGCAGAAACCGCUCAUUUCUUCGGCUAAUUCGCAAUGCAACUGCCAGAACAGCCAGGAAAAGAGCAAUUACGAAUUUCUUCACCCCUGGCAUGAAUGAAAGAAGUGAAUCUGCAUUAAUUAUAAUCGUGAUAGGCACGAUAUUCUUUUUGAUAGGCGGCGUGCUGUUCUUCGACAGGGUGAUGAUGAUGGCAGGCAAUAUUGUUUUCGGUUUUGGUGUUCUUCUACUCCUCAUACCACAGAUGAGUUUGAACAACCGUGGGAACUUAAAAAGUGUGUCAUUGUUUGUGGCAGGUGUUGUUCUGGUGUUCUGUAAAUUUGCGGUGCUUGGAUUUCUUUUCCAACUGUUCAGCGUUUUGUACACGGUUAGGAAUAAAAUUCCGUCGAUAAGAUCCAUAAUUAUGAACAAUAUCACCAAAAUUUUGAAAUUUGUAAGAGUUUUUUGAAAUAAACAGUGUUUUAG